UGGACCAGGUACCAGAUGGCAGCCUUCAGAAUAACUCUGUAUAUGGCAAUUGCUUGCCUUUUUAUUGCAUUAUUUCUAUAUUUUGAGUCACAGUCUUCUUUUUGUCCAUCUACGUCUACAUUUGCUGAUGAACUAACCUCUGAAGGCACAGUUCCCACUGAAAAGCCCAUCGUCCUGCUGUGGUUCUGGCCUCUUGAUGUGAAGUUUGAUUUCAAAAUCUGCUCAACCUACUUCAACAUUAGUAGCUGCAUACUGACUGAUGAUAGAUCCAUGUACAGCAGAGCAGAAGGAGUCAUUAUCUUCCAUAGAGAUAUCGACUGGCACUUGAAUAACAUUCCCAAGGACCCACGUCCAUCUUUUCAGAAAUGGAUUUGGUUUCACGUGGAAUCUCCGACAAACACACUGAAGAUACCAGGUUUGGAAAACCUGUUCAACUUAACACUGAGCUACAGACGAGACGCCGACAUUGUGGUGAGGAAUGAGGUGACUAUCAAGGAAGAAGAGAUGAAGGACGUCUUUGUUCUGCCCAAGAAAGACAAUCUGUUGUGUUGGAUUGUCAGUAACAGUGCUGCGAGCACUGGAACAAGUACAAGAGAGAAAUAUUACAAUGAACUGUCCAAACAUAUAAAGAUUGAAUUGUUUGGUUCUGCACAUACAGGGCGUCGGUUGAGCUAUGAAGACUAUUACCCAACCCUUGCUAGUUGUAAGUUUUACCUCUCAUUUGAGAACUCGCUCCACAAGGACUACUUUGUAGAAAAGGUAAACGGGCCCCUAGUUGCAGGGUCGGUCCCUGUAGUUAUGGGUCCACCAAGAGAAAACUAUGAGCAGUUUAUUCCCAAUGGCUCCUUCAUUCACAUCAAUGACUUCCCUGACGCAAAAUCACUGGCAGAGUUUCUACAGCAGCUGGACAAGGAUGAUAAAGCAUACAUGGGUUAUUUUGAGUGGAGAAAGUAUUAUAAAGUGGUGCCUCAUCUUUUGUCAAUGCAGAAUGAAUUCAUUCAUCCCAUCUGUCUCGCCUGUGACCACAUUUCAAAAGACAAGGAGUACCAUGUAGUUAAUGACCUUUAUGAGUGGUACUUUACAUGAAAACUGCUGUGACAUCAUUUUGUUAGAAGUUAUUAGGCAGUGAAGACACUGAAUAUCUCAGGGUUCUUGGUUGUCGAUUGAAUACUCUUAACAAACUCUUAAUUGGACCUAGUUUAUUGGUUCAUUUUUUUAGACAACAAUAAGUGUUCUUUUACCUUGUUUACCAGUUUUGGUGUGUAUCUUCUGCCUUCCUCAGAACUGUCACCUGAUUCUGGGUGAUGGUGGUGGAGUGCCUUCUCAGCUAACAUCAGUGACAGUUUUGAGGAGAAGAUACACAUUGUUUUUAUGAGUGAUGGUUUUGGGUUUUUUUUUAAUUUAUAAAUUUAAAUCUUUUGUAAAUAUAAAUCUGGUUAAGCUGUAUUAACCUUCCCAUACUUUGAGAUGACAGACGACAAAUUAUCGUGAUCAUAUUCACAAUAUGAUCACUAUGAUAUGAUUAUUAAUAAAUAAAAACGGUGUGAGCAAACUGAGAACGAUAGAAGUGAAAGUAUGAUAUUAAGAUCACUUCCUGUUUCCUAAAAUAAAAGCUUUGCCUGUCCAGCAUUCACAUUAUA